GGGGAGCUGACUCCGCCGGCGCCUGGGUCGGGGGCUGGGGGCGGGACCUGGCCGCGCGGGGACGGGCCGCCGCGGGUGUGCGGGGCCGCGGGGCCACCGCCCGGGGCUCCUCGGCGCUCCGGCUCCGUUGAGGGCGCCCGCCCGGGGGCCUCCGGCGCGAGGCCCGCUUCCUGGGCAAGAUGGCGGCGCCCGUGCGUCUGUGAGCGCCGCGCUGAGGAGCCCCGAGAGGCCCCGAGCCCUCCACCCCCGGCGGUCUCCCGUCUCCCGGAAGCGGCGGGUGGCCUCUCCACGCCCCGCUCCCGCGGGCCACCUCCCUUGACCUGCUCCUUCACCGUGUGACUGUCACCGAUGUGAACAUCACUGAACGCGUCCACCUGCUUGUCCCACCAGCCCCUCCAAUGGCGGGUCUAAAAUAAUCGCCUUCUUCACCCCGCCCCAAGCCAGCUUCUCCACUCCACGUGCCCACUUCUGUCUGCGGUCACCCCUCAGGGACCACCAGAUUGUUUCUGCAGCGGCGGCGCCGUCGUGUGUUCCCGCCCGCUCUGCGCGAGCGUGCUGGUUUCUCCAGGUUGGAGAACCCGUGAAGGAAGCUGUCGCCAUGGUCUGCUGGGCUCUCAGGAGAGUCACCCGGGUGCGUCCCCACCUGGCCCGGAAGGCCAGCGGCGUCUACCCGGGCUCUGAGCAUCAGCCGUUGGGCCCGAGGCCGGCCGCCCCGGGAGCCGCGGGCAGCACGGUGGAGCUGCUGGGCAAGUCCUACCCCCGGGACGACUACAGCAACCUGACCCGCAAGGUCCUGUCCAAGGUGGGCCGGAACCUGCACAACCAGCCGCAGCACCCGCUCUGGCUGCUCAAGGAGCGGGUGAAGCAGCACUUCUACGCGCGGUAUGCGGGCCGCGCCGGGGCCCCGCUCUUCUCCGUGUACGACGACCUCUCCCCGGUGGUCACCACCUGGCAGAACUUCGACAGCCUGCUCAUCCCGGCCGACCACCCCAGCCGGAAGAAGGGCGACAACUACUACCUGAACGCCACGCACAUGCUGCGCGCGCACACGUCGGCGCACCAGUGGGACCUGCUGCGCGCGGGGCUGGACGCCUUCCUGGUGGUGGGCGACGUGUACCGGCGCGACCAGAUCGACGCCCAGCACUACCCCGUGUUCCACCAGCUGGAGGCCGUGCGCCUCUUCUCUCGCCACCAGUUAUUUGCUGGCAUAAAAGAUGGAGAGAACCUGCAGCUUUUUGAACAGAGUUCCCGCUCUGCCCAUAAACAAGAGACACAUACGCUGGAAGCCACGAAGCUCGUCGAGUUUGACCUUAAGCAAACACUUACCCAGCUUAUGACACAUAUCUUUGGAGAUGGACUGGACGUCAGAUGGGUGGACUGCUACUUCCCCUUCACUCACCCCUCCUUCGAGAUGGAGAUCAACUUCCACGGGGAAUGGCUGGAGGUUCUGGGCUGCGGGGUGAUGGAGCAGCAGCUGGUAAACUCAGCCGGAGCUCAGGACCGGAUCGGCUGGGCCUUCGGGCUGGGGCUGGAGCGGUUGGCCAUGAUCCUCUACGACAUCCCCGACAUCCGCCUCUUCUGGAGCGAGGACGAGCGCUUCCUGAAGCAGUUCCGCGUGCAGGACAUCAACCAGCAGGUGACGUUCCAGCCUCUCAGCAAAUACCCUGCUGUGAUCAACGAUAUCUCCUUCUGGCUACCUCGCGAGAAUUACACGGAGAAUGAUUUCUAUGACUUAGUCCGAACAAUUGGAGGAGACCUGGUGGAAAAAGUUGAUCUUAUAGACAAGUUUGAACAUCCGAAAUGGGUCAGUGAGAACGGUGCCGUGAGGUGUAGGGCCGUGAGGUGUCUGUGGACUUGUGGAUUUCGCCGACCGUCAGGCAGGGUCUCCGAGGACCAGCCUGUCACUCGCCAUUACUGCCGCGGGUGGCGCCUGCACUGCUGUCUGCAGCUGCCUGUCGGGCUACAGCAGGGGGCUCUGAAGCCUCACCGGGCUUCUCCCCUCGAUGCGAGCGGACUGCCGAGGGUCACGUCCUUCCCUCAGGACACACAGGACCAGCCACUGCUACCGCAUCACCUACCGCCACAUGGAGCGCACGCUGUCGCAGAGAGAGGUUGGGGGCAUCCACCAGGCCGUGCAGGAGGCGGCCGUGCGGCAGCUGGGCGUCGAGGGCAGGUUUUGAGGCCCCGCUUCCCGGGGCUCCAGGGUUGCUGAGUGAAGGAGAGAAGGAUCCCGUCUGUGGACUGAGGCAUCCGUCAUCCUGCAAUAAACUGGUCGGUUCCAGGACUCUCAGAAAAUAAAGGAUUGCUUUCGAGAUCCUGUG